AUCUGCAUUCCGGGAAUACUUCAUCAUUCAUUCCCCUAGGAACACCAUUACAAAGGGCUUCGGUGCUGCAGUCUAGAUAUCCCCAAAUUUACCUUAAGUUCUCAGAAAGCAUAUCAAAUAACGCUUCCCCACCCGUCGGGCUACCUCCAACCGUUAAGAUGUCGACAUCAGAAUCGUCAAACUACACGCCCGACAUCCCCUCCGAACCCAUAACGCGGACCACGGAAGAGAUCCACAUCGAACUCACCCCCAACGCCUUGGACUCGCUAUCCGCUACGCGCUUUGUCCGCUCGCCCUCCGCCGGCGCUACCGUUCUCUUCAUUGGCACUACGCGCGACACCUUCAACGACAUGCCCGUCUCCUCUCUCGCCUACACAUCCUACACGCCUCUUGCCAUGUCAACACUGUACUCGAUCGCCUCGUCUAUGCUCAGCAAGCACCAGCUCACCAAGAUCGCUAUCGUGCACAAGUUGGGCGAGUGCCCGAUUGGUGAGGAGAGCAUCGUGAUUGCGGUCAGCGCGCCGCAUCGCCAGGCGGCAUGGAGAGCGGGGGAGGAAGCGCUGGAAGAGGCGAAGAAGAGGGUUGAAAUUUGGAAGUUGGAGAAGUUUGAGGGUGGAGAGGGGGUUUGGAGGGCGAACCGGGAUGGCGUUAUGGGGGUUAAGGCGGAUGAGGGAAAGGAUGAGAAGGCAGCAACGAAAGUGACAUGAUAGGGGACGUGGGAACGUGGGAGUAGCAGGAGGAGGAUCCCUAAUACCGCUGUGUACGAAAAUAAUCUGCGCGGUAGUUGCAGACUAGGAGCUGAAAUCCCGGAGAGGCUGCACUCGGUGAGCAUGUGCGUGAGCGGGAAGACCAGCCUUGCACUGCAAGGCUGUUGUGUAUUUGAGCUAAGUAACCUCAUAUAUGCCACCUCUCUAACCAACUACAGUUGCGAUGAUGUUGACAUUUCUCAAAGCAAUUAGAGGCCGGGUAGAUAUGAGGCGGUAGGCUAGA